CACCGUUCUUCCAUUAGAAAACGUAAGUAUUUAAAUACCGGUGUAUUUUUUCUGCUGACAUCGGCGUGCCGCCGACAUACCCGUCACCGGUGCAUUUUUAUUACUUUUUGAAAUUUUAGGUAUAGAUCUGACGCUACAGUGUCGGUGCGAUCCUGUGCGGCAUCUUCCUAACCGUCUCGCGCUCCCUCUCUGCUCUCCCCUCGCGCUAGGAAAAAGAAAACGCGCUCGACGUAACGGCGAAAUAUGUCCGGACGCGGUAAAGGCGGUAAGACCAAGGGGAAGGCGAAGACCCGCAGCAGCAGGGCCGGCCUGCAGUUCCCCGUGGGCAGGAUUCACCGUCUUCUGAGGAAAGGCAACUACGCUGAGCGCGUCGGCGCCGGUGCGCCGGUCUAUCUCGCCGCCGUCAUGGAAUAUCUGGCGGCUGAAGUGCUCGAGUUGGCUGGAAACGCAGCCAGGGACAACAAAAAAACUAGGAUAAUCCCGCGCCACUUGCAGUUAGCCAUCCGUAACGACGAGGAACUGAACAAACUGCUGUCCGGAUACGUGUUUUAAGAUUCACGUGUACCCGUGUAUGUACGUGACACGUGUAUUCGAAUGUGUGUAUGUGUGAUAUGUGCAAACGUGUAAUCGUGUAUAAUAAAUGUACACGGUGCACACAAUGACGUACGCACGCACGCACGCUUUCCUUCAUCUGUGUGAGUGGCAAUUAAAUGUU